AUGGGCCCCUGUACCGCCUCCUCAUGCUGCUGCCAGGCCCGUAAUCUGCCAUGGGCCCCCGUACUGACUCCUCAUGCUGCUGCCAGGCCCGUAAUCUGUCAUGGGCCCCUGUACCGCCUCCUCAUGCUGCUGCCAGGUCCAGAGUGUGUCAUGGGUCCCUGUACCGCCUCCCAUUGCUGCUGUCUCCAUCGCCACACUCUGCCAUGUGCCACUUUCAGGUCUCCUCACACUGCUGGUGGGUUCCAUUUUGUCAUAGGGUGCUGUAUGGCCUCCCAUUGCUGCUGCCUCCACUGCCACACUGUGGCUCCACACUCUGGUUUUGGCCCCGUGACUGCCCAAAUGAGUGAAGUGUGCGGUGAUUCUAAGAUCGACGGCACUCAUCUGCAUGUCAUACUGACUGACAGUAUUAUUUCUCUUCCCCAGCAGACUCCAAGGGCAUUUAAAUUAAAGGUACAGUGUUCUGCACUAAUAUAA